AUGUUGCCAACUAGCCUGAAAGUCGUCCUGUCCCUCUUGCUCGUCUUCGGAUCCCCAGUUUUUUCGACUCCCAUCAACGCCAACAAAAUCUCUCUUAGUCUUGCCGCUAAAUUCAAAGCAGCUGGUGCAACAAACAUCGCUGCAGCCGACAGAGCGCGCGCUGGGGCGCUGCGUCAGGCUGCAACAAUUGGCAAACGCGACGCGAAUGCAUCCAUCACCAACGUUCCAGCCAUAGGCUACACCAUACAGGCUGGUAUCGGUAAUCCAGUGAAGCAUUAUCAACUUCUUGUUGAUACUGCAAGUGGUAAUACGUGGAUUGGGGUAGACCAAAGCUAUACCAAAACCAAAACCAGUACUGCGACUGGAAACACGGUCUCUGUCUCCUAUGGAACCGGCAAUUUCUCUGGGGAAGAGUACCUAGACACUGUCACGCUGGGCCCAUUGAGCAUUGCUCAACAAUCGAUUGGGGUGGCCAGCAAAUCCGCGGGCUUUCAAGGUGUUGAUGGCGUCCUUGGCAUUGGUCCCGUGGGUCUGACAAAGGGCACGGUCUCCAACAUGGACACUGUUCCCACUAUCACGCACAACCUCUUCACCCAAGAAUCCACAAGUUCUGAGAUCCUUGGUGUCUAUUUUGUUCCUGCAUCGGAAUACGAUGCAACUGGCACGCUCACUUUUGGCGGCUGGAAUAGCUCCUUAAUCACAAGCGACAUCACAUAUACCCCCAUCACCAGUUCCUCGCCUGCUAGUACUUACUGGGGAAUCGAUCAGUCCAUUGAUUACGGCGAUUCAAACCUCUUGUCUUCGGUGCCAGGGAUUGUCGACACUGGCACCGUACUCAUUCUAAUUGCAUCAGAGGCCUUCAAAGCUUACCAAUCUGCCACUGGUGCUACCUUGGAUGACACCACAGGGAUGCUCAAGAUCACUUCGGACCAGUACAGCAACCUCAAACCCCUCAUAUUUACCAUCGGAGGGACCACAUUCACACUCACUCCUAACGCACAAAUCUGGCCUCGCUCCAUGAAUAGCGUCAUUCACGGCGACAGUGACAGCAUCUACCUCAUCGUCGCUGAUAUUGGCAGCAAAAGCGACUCUACCUUCGAUUUUAUCAACGGAUACACAUUCCUUGAACGUUUCUACAGCAUCUUCGAUACCACGAAUCAGCGGGUCGGAUUUGCUACGACAGCUUAUACUGAGUCGACUUUGAACUGAGUCCAUGGUGCGAUUGAGUGUAUAUUGCUGACUUAUUCUGCGGGCUGGAUC